AUGCGGACUUCUCUGGUCGUGUGCUGCUGCGUCUUUGCGCUGCAAUGCCUCCCGAGCACGCUUUGUGUUCCAGUGCGGGGAUCCGGCAGGUACAAAGUGGCACCGGUCUCUGAAAAGUUCCCCGACCUGAAGAAGAGAGGGAAGGCCACUCACGCUCAGGACGUAGUGAAGGAGACGAGUUUGUCGAACAGCACCUCUAACACAUGGAACCGACCUCGCUGCGGUGUGCCGGACUACCCCGCCCAGAGGGAGGUGCACUAUCGAGGACGACAGCGCCAGAGACGCUACGUCCUGUACGGAGGACGUCUGGAGAAGACGGACCUCACCUACAGGAUCGUCAGGUUUCCGUGGCAGAUGGGCGAGGAAAAGGUUCGUCGUGUCUUUCGGGAAGCCCUGAAGAUCUGGAGUGACGUCACGCCGCUCACCUUCACUGAGAUCCACAGCGGGAAAGCUGACAUCCGCAUCGACUUCACAAGGUACUGGCACGGAGACACCCUUCCCUUCGACGGCCCGGGUGGGAUUCUUGCUCACGCUUUCUUCCCCAAAACACACCGACAGGGCGACAUUCACUUUGACUACGAUGAGUCAUGGACCCUUGGAAACCACAUGGGCACAGACCUUCUCCAGGUUGCUGCCCAUGAGUUUGGGCACGUCCUGGGCCUGCAGCACUCUCGCGAGCCGGGAGCCAUCAUGUCCGCAUACUACUCCUUCUCGUAUCCGCUGAGGCUGAGCGAGGAUGACAAGCAAGGCAUCCAGUACCUGUACGGCACUCAUCCACAAGUCCUGCCUUCGUCGCCGCCCCCACCUCCACCUCCAUCCAACCCAGAGACCAAUGAGAUCGUCACUAAUUUUUUUUUUCCAAUAUCAGGCAAUCCCUCCUCUCCCGACGCCUGCCAGACGGACUUUGAUGCUGUGUCUAUGAUCCGAGGGGAGCUGUUCUUCUUUAAGUCGGGCUACGUUUGGCGGAUCAGGGACGGGCAUCUGGAGAGCGGUUACCCGGCGCUGGCGUCCCGUCACUGGAGGGGGAUUCCUGACAACAUUGACGCCGCCUUUGAAGACAAGUCAGGGAAUAUUUGGUUCUUUCAAGGUGAGAACUACUGGGUGUUCGAUGCCGAGAUGCAGAUCAAGGGGCCGGAGUCCAUCAGGAGUUUGGGUCUAUCGGUGUCCGGGAUCCAGGCGGCGCUGCGCUGGGGCCACGACUCCAACUACAACACCUACUUCUUCAAGUCAGGCAGCUACUGGAGGUUCAGCCCCCGCGAGAACCGGGUCCAGUCCGUCUACCCCCGCAGCAUGCAGGACUGGAGCGGCAUCCCCGACGACGUGGACGCCGCUUUCAGGGACAUCUACGGCUACGCUCACUUCAUCCGAGGGCGACAGUACUGGAAGUUCGAUCCUGUCGGCAUGAACUCUUUGGAGGGAUACCCUCGCUACAUCGGCAUGGAUUUUUUCGGCUGUAGGAACGUGUGAGUUUUUUAACCGUGGAGAUUCAGACGGACAGAUUUUUUUUUUUUCUUUUUUAACAAUGAAGAGGAGUUUUUGAAACGAAGACAUUUGUAUGUUCAUACUACAGAUUCAGGGAGAUGAGAGGAUCUCCUUCAAAUCUGUUCAUGCUUUACUCCAUUUAUUGAUACUCAGAUCAAUUACAGCUUCUUCUCAGGAAAACCAAGUUAUGUUUCCUCAGACUUGGCACCUCCUGUGCAGCUAUACUCAUAUUUAUUUUUGCACAUUUGGGCCCUGUAUUAAUGACGUGUGAUACCGAUGUGAACCGCACCGUUCUCACCUCCUUCUUUUGAGCCUGACGUUGAGCUUUUCGACUGAAACUGGUUCACAGACAGAACCAGAACCAGUACAGACUGUCUUAUUCCCUGUAGUGGAUGUUUUUUCCAUCAUGGAUGGACUUGCGGAUCCUCGAGUGUUUGAAGAGUGGCAUCAAGUGGCAUUCAACCAUGAAUCGGAACAAAGAAACAAAAGUGAUGGGCUCGUUUGUGUGUUUAUGCUCUUACCAGCUUUCGAAGCGCUCGGGGGUUUCUUGCCCUGAGGUGCGUCUCUCAGGCAGCCGUCACUCUCAUGCUGUGCAGUGUCACCAACAGUCAAGUUUCAAACCAAAUCUAACUCAAAUUUUAACCAAAUUUACAGAGAAAAUGUGCAAAAGAAAAAAAAAAUGCAUGUCAUUUCUUGCUCCCAUCCACUACUCUCAUGUGAAUAUUAGGAGUCGGAUGCGUCCAGUUCUCAUUCUGCCAUUGGACCAUUGCAGAGGUGCAGUGGAUUACCAAGUGGAAAAUGUGAAGGAAUUAUGGCUUUUCUGUUUGUUUCUCGUGACAUGAGGAAGGUAACGGCCUCCUCAUCGCUCCGCACACAUCUGAUGUUUUCAACUUCUCAGUGACGGGUGACGUUCAGGUCACAUGCCGAUUCACCCACCACGUCUGCUUCCACCGCACUUUGUCGCUUCUUGUUUUACGGAUACACCAACUUUUCCACCUCAGCCAAGGGUAAAACGUUUUUUUUUUUGUAAUAUUCAGACUCCUUUUUAAAGGAUGGAAAAGCACAUAUCACAAAUUAGUGACUGACUAUUAGCAAACAGUCCUGACAGUGCUGACCUUUGAGGGCGUGAAGACCUGAAGAGUCUGAAAAAACAUUUUUAAUCGUAUUUAUUUUUCAUAUGUUCCAGAUUUCAGUAAGUUGGAUGAGAUGUUUCUCUGUUGUUGUGAUUUAGGCUGAUAACGUCUGGUUUUUACAUUAAAUCUUUCCUCAUGUAGAUUUUAGAUCUUAUGUUUUGUUACCUGCUUUUUAUUCCCUGACCGAACAAAAGAAUUUCUGCUUUUCAUAACAUAAGGAGCCUUAAAGAAAUUCAGUGUUGAUGCAGGAAGAAGAUGUGAUAACAUUACUGUUCGUGGAGUUUUAAUGUCCCUUUUCUAACAUGAUGUGUGUGAAGCUCUGUAUCACUCACCGGCCUGCGGGCCUGUGUUGCAGCAGAAGCUCCAGGGCGCCAUCUAGAGUGCAGCACUGUCACUGUCACCCUGCAGGAGGAGGGUGAUCCUCAUGUUUUGUGUCUCUCAUCCUUGACGAAGUCGUUGCUUAUCCAUAACAUGGUGCGCUGUUCAGGUCGGUCCGUGCAGCGCGGUCAGGGGCAGCAGCUGCUGUGAGGGUCAGUGGUUCUCAACCUGCUCAGCCAGAAACACUUUAAUUUUGACCUUAUUUUUGCUUUUCAGGCUGUUUUACUGAACAAAACGAAUGUUUCACAAGAAUUUAUCAGAGAUUAUUGACUGGAUGGUAAUGGUGAUACUUUACGUUAGCUACUUUAACUACUUCCUUUUUUAGAGACAACUGGAUUUCAGAGACAAAUAUUGUUGGGCUGCAACUAAUAAUUAUUUUCAUCAUUGAUUAAUCUGCCAAUUGUUUUUUCGAUUUUUUUGCCAAUAAAAUGAGUUAAUAGUGAAAAUUCUUAUUGUAAUUUCCCGCAGAUAACGAUGGCCUCCCCACGUCUUUUGCCUGAUAUUCACUUUCCUGUGACAAUGAAAAGCGUCAAAUCUUUGCAUUUGAGAAGCUAGAAACAUUUUUGCUUAAAAAAUUAUUGAAUUAUCAGAAAACUUUCAGAUUAACUUGCAGUUCUCUUCAUCAAUUAAUCAACUAAUUGUUGCAGCUCAAAAAUACUGUACUGUUACUCUGCUGCUUAUUGAACAGCGAGAGUUAAUAAUUACUUUUUAACUUAAGACUAAAAAUGUAUGAUGAUGAUGAUGAACUGAUAAAACACAACACAUUGUUAAAGAUGUAAACCCAUACUACUUUAUACAGUACUACAUAAUAAUCACCAUAGUACUUAGUAGUCCAUACAACAAAAAUCAACACGCUUCACCAUGUUACACUAAAAGGAAAUUUAAGAUGUUUUGGAGUUUGUUGUUUCACCACCAUCCACAAUUUAUUUGAAUAUUUUAGCAUCCAUAUUUCCUGGUCUGAGUAUACUCGAGGAUACUACUUAAAAGUAUUAUGUAAUAUGGGUUUCCAACCUUUUUGGCUUGUUACCUCUUACAAGAAACCCUGUUUAGGGCUCCAUGUUUCAGAUGAGUUGCCAGCAGUUUUCUCUCUCAGCAUCUCUGCAUGAUUUCAUUUCAACCUUUGUGGUUCUGAAUAUUUCUUCCACCGCUGCUGAAUAGUGAAAGGGUCUUAUGGACACCCGGGUUGAGAACCGCUGCUCCUGCGAAUCUGACCUUCCCUCUGCCGUGUCCCUGGCUGCAGCACUCAACUGUGAAGUCUCAGCACUGCCUGCCGUGUUCGUCACAUGUUAGUUUUUCAGUGCAGGACACUGACGAGUCGUUACGGUUUUCAUCAUUCAGUCCGUUGUUGCUGUUUGAAUCUUUUCAUCAACUCAUUUCAAGUGUUAAUCAGUGAACUCUGCUUCGAACAAAUAUUUAUACACAAUCGACUUAGCAAGAGUUUCUUGUACAUACAUGUCUUUGAUUAUUAUUUUUUUUACUCAUAUGUAGCCUAUACAUUGUACAUUGAAAAGUAUGAACUGCAUAUUGUUUCUUUCUAA